AUGCAACGACCCGAGAGAAUAAGAUUUUUCAUUACUGAACAAUGUCGUCUUCUGGAUCCUUCAUAUCGAAACUAUAUGUGGCCAAAACAAAUUCUUCUAGGAGAUACACCUCUACCACUUGCCGAAGGAUCUCCUAUGAUUUUCAGAAUAAACGACAAGAAGAAGAUCAGCUUUCGUAUCGUUCUGGAAAGCAACGAUCAUGGAGGUCCAAUUGGUAUCGGAUUUCCAUUAUCACAAAUUGAAAGUGUUUCCAUCAAAGAUCGAAGUCAGAAACAUCCGGAACAUGCUAUUGUGUUUUUGCUCUCAAACUCAGCACUCGAGAAGUUGAAUCUGAAAUUCGGGACACUGCUUGAUGACCCAAUAUCAAAUGGAAACAGGCGGAGCAUGUCGAAAUAUCUUACUGUAAUAGUUGGAGCGAACCCAAGUAUUUCAAAACCAAAUAACGUGUAUUGCCGUGUAAUUUUAUCCUCGUAUAAGUUCACAUUUUCCUUCCUGGCGGCCAAAAAGAUUUUAUUGAAAGAUUUGCCUAUCAUGUGGCACAAACUGCUGGAGGACAAAGAAGAACGCUUCAAAGUAGUGGCAAUCCAAACAGACAGAGAAAGAAUUGCAGAAAUGAAUGAUGAGGCAUGGGAUUGGUUAAUGACAUAUCUCAAAGUUAAAUGGGAAACAUGCCCAAUUCAAGGAUCGUGGCUUGUAAAAGAAGAACCAAAUCGGGAAAGUAGUAAAUUCAAUGAAAUCAUACUGAAACGAGAACCGCCAUCACUUCUAUCCGAUGAAUUUCUUGAAUCAAAACCACCAAAAAGAUUAAAAUAUUCGGAUUCCACGGGUGGAUCACCAGCAUCAGUAUCAUCUGAAUAUUUAUGA